UUAUUUCUUCUAUUUUAAGAGCCAUAGAAUAAUAGAAACUUAUCAUAUUUUCAUGAGUCUACACAGCCGUUGAAAGUACUUCAUUUAUUUGCCGGCAAUAGAAAUUAAGCCCUUCUUAUUAGGCACUAAAAUGGCUACUUGGUGUUCAGGUAAGCACAAAUCACCGUUAUUGAUAUUCAUGUUGUUACUGAUUUUCAUGGUUGGACGGAUGCAAGGGCGCGUUUGUAUUGAAGAUGAAAGAAAGGCACUCCUCGAAAUCAAAGCCUCUAUUCACGAGUUAGCAUACCGUUUUAACAUCGGCAAUCUUCUCGCCACUUGGGUUGAUCAUGGCGUCGCCAGUGGUGAAUGUUGUGACUGGGAGAGGAUCAAGUGCGACAAAACUACCGGGUACAUCACACACCUGUCUUUGGGCAACAUACUCUCUUUAGAAUUCGAAGUCGACGAAUACUAUGACAAGGAUCCUAUCCCCCUUUGGCAGUUAAAUUUUUCUCACUUCCUUCAUUUCAAGGAGUUAAAAAGUCUCGAUUUAUCAUGGAACUAUAUUGGCAAACCAAUCGCGGACAUAGGACUUGAACCAUUGUCGAGUUUGAAGAAACUAGAGCUGUUGAACCUGAGUACUAAUUAUAUUGAAACCCACAUCUUUCCUUCAUUGGGUGCACUCACUUCACUCAAAAUUUUGGAUCUCAGUUACAUUAAUUCAUACGAAGGAGACAACACGCCGCCUUUUUAUGACAUUUCUGAAUUUUCAAUUUUGGAAAACUUGGAGGUACUGGAUCUUACUCAAAUUGGUUGUUAUGGUACCUUGCAAGGUUCGGAGGCGGUCUCUAUAUUGAAGAAAUUAAAAGUUCUAAAUCUUCGGGGGAAUCAAUUCAAUGAAAGCCUUAUAACAUCUUUAGGUGCUCUUUCAUCACUUAAAUCUCUAGACCUUUCUGAGAAUCUACUAUCCGGAUCAUUUCCAGCUCAAGAAUUAAGUAAUCUCGCCAAUCUUGAGAAGUUGGAUUUAAGUCUUAACAAGCUCAACUGCACGCCAAGUAUUCAAGAUUGUAAGAGCUUAAUGAGACUGGAAAGGCUAGAGACUAUAUCUCUUGGUUACAACAAUUUCAACAAGAGCAUCAUAUCAUGCAUAAGUUUCCUCCCAUCCCUCAAGAUUCUUGAUCUUAGUGGUUCUUUACAAUUUGGAAGUUCCUUUCCCACACAAGAAUUAUCUUUAUUGAGAAAGUUAAAGACACUUGACUUGAGCUUCUGUGAAUUUCAGUCACACACAUUCAACGAACUCCCUAAUUUACCUGACUUGGAAGUCCUCAUGUUGAACCAGAAUAAUUUCAAUGGAACAUUACCAAUGGCAGGCAAAAGAAAACAAAAGGGUUGUGGUUGUCUAACAUCUCCCUUCAAGCGGAUAUUGGCGAGCGAAGACAAAGGCGAUUAUGGAAAAACUCGAACUGUGAACGUGGGAGGCUCUUGGUAAAAAUACCCGCAACGUGAGCUUGGUUGGAACAAACAAGUGAACAAUUUCCUAGAAGUAACAAGCUCACGAACAAAGUGGUAAUCCAGGUCAAUAUGUUUGUGAGAGUCUGGAUUUUGGGUUAAGAAUAGGGCGAUUUUGUUGUCACAAAGUAAGGUCGGUCGGUCGGUCAGGCGGGAGAGCAUGUAAGUCACUAAGCAAGUUGUUGAUCCAAAUGAUUUCAGCAGCUAUGUUAGCCAUGUCAUGUUAUUCGAAUUCACAGCUUGAGCGGGCAACAAUAGGUUCCCUUAGCGCUUCGUGACACAAGAUUUCCACCCAAGAAAAUAGAAGAGCCAUAGGUGGAGCGGCAAGUGCCUAUACAACGAGCCUAGUCAGCAUCUAAAAAACCAAGGAUGGUAGUGGAUGCAUAUUUAGAAAAUGUCAGACCCUAUUCCACGGUGCCUUUAGUAUACCGAAGAAUGUGCUUAACAUUCUUAAA